AUGCGUUACGUUUCGGCUUACCUGCUCGCCGUUCUCGGAGGAAACGCCAACCCUAAGGUGAGUUUUUGUUCCCAUCUACAUAGUCACAUCACAAAACAAACUGGUUUCAGGUUGACGACCUCAAGAACAUCCUCAGCGCUGUCGGUGUUGAUGUUGAUGCUGAUACCGCCAAGCUCGUCGUUUCCCGACUUCAAGGAAAGACAAUUGAGGAGCUCAUCGCCGAGGGAUCUUCUGGACUCGUCUCUGUAAGUUUUUUUUCUACUAGUCGCCCUGUCCUGUCAGCUCUCGAACUUAUGAACCAGGUGAUCGAGUGGGGAUCACUGAGAGAACCGUGCGGUGUGUCCCCACUCCACUUCGUUCUCCUGAACUUCCUCUUAUCAAAAUUUUUGCUUGUAUAUGCAAAAAUCAAAGUUAAGAUAGUUUUGUUCAAUAUAGCUCAAAUUGGUUAUGGAUUGUUAAAUAAAUGUAUUGUAUUACAGGUUUCCGGAGGAGCUGCUCCAGCUGCCGCCGCCGUCCCUGCUGCCGGAGGAGCUGCCCCAGCCGCCGAGAGCAAGCCAGCCAAGAAGGAGGAGCCAAAGGAGGAAUCAGAUGAUGACAUGGGAUUCGGUCUUUUCGACUAAAGAAUUUGUAUGUUAAUAAAUUGUUAUUGUUCUCCGGUCUAUUUCAAGUUCAUGUUUUGAACAUUGCAUAUUUCAAAUCCGAAAAGGUUUGCACGGUGCGAAUAAAUAGGGACUUGUUAAUUCAGACAUGAUAAUUCGAGAGUGUGUGUAUGAAGUUGCUGAAACAGAUCAGGGAGACGUAUGUUGAAAGCACUUCUCAGAUUUGACGGGGAAUUUAUUAAGGUUCUGAUUGCUGAGUGUCUGACGAGCUUCAAAAUUGUAGCUGUUUAUUUUUUGAACAAUGACCUCGACAUUCAAAUACAAGAGCUUCACGAUUCUUUCCCCACUGUUCAUUUCAUCAGUGGCAGCCCGACACAGACCGCCGAAGUGAGGGGGUGCACCCAUUUCUGUAGAAUUGAGUGAUUCUCAGAUUGUGCGAGCCAUAAACACCUUGGAUUCUACUGUCAAAGUCAACAUGGUGCACAAGGGAGACACUGCAUUUGGGAUCCAGGUUUACAACGCCAUUCAGAGAAUUCCGAAGGGACAGACUCGUUCAUAUUCGGAAGUAAGUGAUCAGGGGUUUCAAUUGAAAGAAUACUGUAUUAACAAUUAUUCAACAGAUAGCGCGAGAUAUCGGAAAUCCUAAUGCGACUCGUGCUGUCGCUGGUGCCUGCGCCCGGAACAACAUCGCCUAUCUGAUGCCGUGUCAUCGUGUCGUCGCAAGCAGCGGAGGCCUCUCUGGUUAUCGUUGGGGCGUCGCCAAGAAAAGGCUGCUUCUACAUGCGGAAGGUGCCGAAAUCAGGCAUGCUGCCAUGUGA